AUGCUUUAUCAUAAUUUUGAAGCAAAAACCAUAUUUUUUAUUAAUAAUUCCAUAAAUAUUAUGAAAAGUGGAUGAACUGGCUUCAGAAAGUUUUCAGCUUUUAGAGGCAGUACUUCUAAAAGCCAAGAUAUAAGGGAUAGUUUAUCAGUUAAACAUCAAGAAUAUGGGUAAAGUCUAUGCAGCCGAAACGUUGCGCCAAUUCCACGACCAUUUGAAAGUAAUUUUACAUAUAUGAGCCACAAAGGGACCAUUUUUGGAAGUAUCCCCGGAAAUUUCAAUUCUUCAGAAUACCUGCUGGAAAAGCUUGAUAAAAUGAGCCCAGCAGUCGUCUGCAUUUCUUUGCUCCACCCUCUUUCAUAUUUAAGCUAUAAGUACUGCAAUACCCCAAAACAAUACGAAAAUCUUUCUUUAGGGAUGAAUCAAGAAAAACUUUUGCCAAUUCGAGAAAAAUUUAAAGGCUAUUUUGCUAAUGAAUUAAGGAGAACAUUUUUCCACUUUACAGACGAUUUUGGGGUUUUUUAUUUAGUUGACCCAGUUAAAAAAGAACUGCUCCCUGAUGAUGGAUUAACAGCUGUUAACUGAGGAAGUGAAAGCAACCAAGCAGGCGUUGUUGCUGCUGGAGCUCAUCCCUUAGCAAUUCAUGAAGACUUAAUUCACAACAUAAGCUUGCCAAGGCUAAAAGAAAUAUUUCACACAUCAUUAAACAAGCAUUUAGCUAGAGCAAAAUCAUUAGGCUUUGAACCUUCGAUUAAUACUGCUGAAUUUUAUUACUAUUUAACAAUAAGCGCAAGACUGCAUUUCCAAAAUGAGCUUUUGAGGACAAGAAAUAUUUAUACAGCAGCGGUGCUUAAAAAAACAUUAGGAAAUUUUGAUAAUGUCGCACUGGUGCAUGACCAUAAUGAAUGCGAAUUGUUACUUAAUAUACUUUUAGAUGAAAAAACUCCUGAUUUUGACACAAUUUUUAUAGGAAAAGAAUAUAAUGGGUCAUUUGAAGAAGCAAUGGAAAAAAUUGUGAUUUUAAGCCAAAUAGAUAACAGGUUCUUUAGGCAAUGCAUGGAAAUGGGCGAAAAUCCUUUGAAAAUUAUGUUUAAUGGGUCUAUGAAAAAUUCCCUUGAAGAGGUAAAAGAAGCUUUUAAACAUUUCAACAAAGAGUACUCAGGCUCGUUGACAAAAGGCUUAAUUCAAGAAAUUGAAAGAAUUCCAACCUUUUCAAGAAGGGGGAGGAACAUAUUCUCAGCUUUUGAGCGUGCAAAAGAAAUAGAGCAGAGGACAGGUCUCAUUAGGUCAGGCCACAUACAUGAUUCAAUUGAAGAUGAGUUUCUAGCAAGAGUGUUAUUUGCACAAAUGCAAGUAAAUAUUGAUAGAAAAAUAAGAGCUGGGAUUUCACAGGCAGAAGAAAUAAUAGCAUUACAACAGCUUAUGCAAGGAAAACCUACUGCAUUAAACGUAGAAAUUUUAAAAAAGCUGUCAGCUGAAGCAAAUGCACAGCUAGGACUUAUGAAAAUGCCAGAAUCUUUGGCAAAAUACACAAGAAUGCUUGUAAAUGACACAACUCCUAAAGAGUUAUUGAGGAUAAGCAAGAAUAUGCCUGUAAAAGUGUUUUCGCCAGAUGAUGCCAAAAAUAAAGGCACUUAUUUAUAUGAUAAAAACAACCCUCCAAGAGAAAUUUCUGAUAGAGAUGCAAAGUAUACACAUUUUGUGAUAGGAAAAGGAGAGUUUCCUUAUGAUCUUAAAGGGAAGACUCCUGAAGAGCUUAAGGCGUUAGGCGCUAAAGAAGUUUUUAAUAAUACUUAUCAAUCAAACCCUAACGGCAGACUUGGCUUAGGGACUUUCAAAGAAGCAAGACAAGCUGCAAGAGAUCUUGAAAAAGGGCUCGAUUUAGAGGAAGUUUUAAAAUCACAGAAGCCCCAAGAAACUAAAUAA